AUGGAUGAAGUCGGUGACGUGGAUAUCAAACACGAGAGACCCCAUCACUACGGCCAACCACCUCCAAAUCCUGUCCACCGUAUGCCGCCAGCCGAGACCCCUACGUCGUACAGCUAUCCCCCUCCUCCAGGCGCAGGUAUGCCACCACCGGCGCCGGCGUGGAACCCGACGCCUUCACCUUACAAUGACUCCGCGGACCACCGUCCUCCGCCUCAAGACAUCGCUCAUCAAUCGCCGUAUCCUCCGCCACCUCAGCAAUAUCCUCCCACCCAUCCCCCGCCUGGUAGAGAACCCCCAGGUUAUCCUCCGGACCCAGCUUACGGCCGCCCAGGCAGUGUAUCGGGCCCUACGAGGUCCCCAGCCGAUGUUCAACAGCCACCUCCACCACCGCAACAACCUCCCUCUUAUCAUCCCGUGAGUAGCAAUCCCCACGAAGCUACGUACUAUCCUCCCCCAGCCGACUACAGGCCGCGUCAUGCCUACCCAGGGUCUGAGCCCCAGCUCAACGGAACUCACCACCAGCCUCUUCACGUCGUGACAGGGCAUGAAAUGAUGCCAGGACAGCCUCCGGGCCCGCCUGCUUAUGGCCCGCCUUCGGCAGGUCCCAUGCCCGCUCCGGGACCCUACGCGUACGGGUAUCCCUAUCAUAACGAGCACAGACGAAAACCAGUCCGAGCUGCUCAAGCAUGCGAUUCGUGCCGACAGCGCAAGGCCAAAUGCGACGAAGGAAGACCCGAAUGUCAACAUUGCAAAGACAACGGGUUGGAAUGCUCAUACCGGGAAAUCCCUCCACAAAAGUCGGAGAAACAAGUCCUCGCCAUUACGGCUCAAUUGGAGUCGUUGGCCGAGGACGUGAAGGGGUUGUCCUCGAAGGGUUCGGAGCGGGACGACAAGAUGGAUCGUCUCCUCAAGCAACAAAAGCAACAAGAUGACAAGAUCAACCUGUUACUUGAUCAUCUUAUGAAGGCUCGAUCAGAACCACCUACGGCCAACACCGACGUACCUAUGGCAGACCAGCAAAGCCAGGUCGUGGUUACAACGCCCGCGGUUCCGAGCCCUGCAGUUCCGAGCCCGGCAAAUCCGAGUCCCGCAAACCCCAGUCCUGCUCAGCCUCCGCCUCCACUGUUCCGCCGACAGGACAGUACUUCCGAAGUCAGGUCUGGAUCACAGUCCCAGAACCCCUCAGCAGCAUCCAUCCAGCACCUGCGAAAUUCGGAAACAGAGAGUAUAGAUACGCCUAUGCCCGCUAAGCAUACAACGGCUGCGCAAAAUCUCGUCCUAUGGCCAUCCAUCAAGCCUCUGAUUCCGCGAGGCAUCACGCCAUCUUACGUGUUAGACGAGGAAACCAGCAGAGGUUUGUUGCGACUUUAUGGCUGCGGGGAGGGAGAGGACAAAGGUGACGGGCAUGAAGGCGCUCCGAGUCCCGCCCACAGCAACUCGUCGGAAGGGCGACGUACGGAUGAUGACACCUCUUCUUCCUCGCCGCACGGGGUUUGGGGCAGUGGACAGCUGCAUGUGCCCAUGGCGAAUCAAAACCACUCCGCCCGUGAACAUCCCGGUGGGUUGAGUCCUAGUGGUGGGUUGAUGUUGGAUUCCGAAGCAGUCGAUCGAUACUUCCGGAGUUUUAUGGACAAUAUGCAUAUCCAUCAUCCAUUCCUCGAGCCAAAGGUCCUUCGGAUAAUGAUUCAGUCCUUCAAAAGAAAGUAUAGCUGGGACUAUCGGGCUACGCAGCAGGUUACUGCGAUUGGGCACAAGCGGAAGCGGGAGACGACCGACUCACCGACCUCAAUGGACGAUUACAACAGCCGACCCCCUCAGCCCAGGGGAUAUAAUACCGUCGUGGCCCCAAUUGAGCAUUCAGUUGCAAAUGCUAUUGUCUUGCUUGUUCUCGCGCUGGGCAAGAUCACCUCUCAUCGGGAUCCUUUGCCGGGACCAGCAUCAACCGCUACGAUGCGGACUUCGACGCCACAUAGCGCACUCUACUCGGACCUUCCGAUGCCCAUGUCAGCGCCCACCUCUCCAUAUAACCAUCACCCUAAUUUGAAUGGCACGGUUUCGAGUCCGGCGAAUCCGCAGGGCAAGAACAUGGACGUGAUCCCGGGUCUUGCUUAUUUUGCCAUAGCUGCAGACAUCCUGGGAGAGCUGCCAGGAGGCGCCGACGUGUCACAUAUUCAAGCCUAUCUGCUUGCGGGUCUAUAUAUGGGACAACUAGCACGCAUUCUACCGAGCUACUUCUACAUCAACAAGGCCUGCGUUGCAGCUCAAAUCCUGAUCGAGUCGACCCCGUAUGUGACCAACACCAUGAAGCCCGCUCGUCGGAAUUUGGUCAAUUUUGCGUUUUGGUCAUGUUUGCAAUUGGAGAGCGAUAUUGCAGCCGAGUUGGAAUUGCCUCUCAGCGGGAUUGGUCGCUAUGAGAGCCCUCAGCACAAAGAAUUUCCGACCAGCAUCACAUUAGAAAGGAUCCCCGAGUCCAGUGUGGACGACGACAUCCUGAGGUUUUACUCCUACCAGAUCCAAUUGCGGACGACGAUGAACAGCGUCCACGCCACGCUCUAUCGGGAAUCGAAGAAUCUGCAUACGAGGCCAAGCGACAGCAUCAUGUCGGCUUUGGAUGACAACCUUGAAAAUUGGAGGAAGAUGCUGAAUGACUGGGAUUGGGACGACAAUGAUCACGAAAGUCCCAACAUCAACGUAGCCCGGAUGCGAGGGAAAUACUACGGUGCCAAAUACAUCAUCUGGCGGCCGACCUUGCGAUUCGCCCUGACACAGGCUAUCACCAACCCCAAUCCCACUCCCACCCCCAAGCCCGCCAGGAGUCGACCCUCAGAAUCGCCCGCGGGCUACGGGCACCAUUCGGAGGUGACGUCGCCAGCAGUAUCGAAUCUCAAUACCCCCCAUCCAUAUGGGAGAGACGUUCCUUACAUCCAGCCUGAAUUGCUGGAAGGCUCCAGGAAAUGUAUUGAGGCCGCAAUUCGCAGCACGACUUCUUUCGACAAAGUCCCUCGCCGUCUCGUGGUAACCAAUAUCUUCGGCACAGCUCACGCACAAUUCGGGAACAUGCUUGUGCUGUACGCGACCUUCACCUCCCCCCACCCAGGCUUAAGCUCGUUAGUGCAGGAGGAUGUCUUACGGCGGUUGCACGAACGCACAGUGCAGAUUCUGCGAGAGAAUGAGGCCAUUUCACCGGUGCUGGCCAAAGAUCUGAAGAUCCUGGAACACAUGCGCAUGAAGGUAUUCCCAUCGUCGACGUAUCCUUCUGCAAGUACGGUCUCCAGUUUCUCCUCGAAUCGGUAGUGCGCCAACCGAGUCGGACCACGCGUACGCCAACCUGACCAAAUUUUAUCUUUCUUUUGUACACCGAGACCUCGGGAGCGCGGACGGACGUCAUGUCGGAAUUCAUUGCAUGUGUUGCGCUAUGUGUGUGUGUGUGUGUGUUAUGUGGGCAGGUCCUCCAUUUCCCCCGAAAUCCCCUGGCGGCAUUUGUCGAAGCGUUCCAGCGAAGAAAACCAUUGUCAGCAUCGUCGAGUAAUUUUGUCAAGUUAUCCACCAAAGAGUCAUCCUCGUCAUCAACCACGGAGUUUACGAUCAUCUGAAAUAGCAUAUUAUUGCUUUAACGGCCGAAGGGGGGACUUUGUGAGUUGUUUGAUUGCUAGUCGCGCAGGUACGACUCUGCGCCACAUGAGAAAGGCCGAGGAGGAGGGUUCAUAUUUAUCCACGUCGAAAGGACAAACCGACUGGCCCACAGCAAGAGCCCAUCCAGGUUACUGAUUGCGAGCCCAGGCGUCCACAGCUCCUCGCCAUAUCUUUCUGUGCUCGCGGACCAACCCAGCAGUCUUUGUUGAAAUAUGCCAUAAACUUUUUUUUUCUUUCAGUGUGAGAAGGGAGAGGAGUGCCAGAUCAAGAUGCGGCAGCGGUAAUGGCAGCAGCAGAUUGGAUCUCAAGUGCAAGUGGAAGAAUAUUGGCGCGCAGAUGGCAGAGAGAUACUUUUUCAUCUUGUGGGUUGGGAAGAGGAAGGACAAGGCCACGGACAAGGUUAAUCUGUACAUUAUCAUCCAACAACACGUACAAAGGACAGAGAGGCCUUCAGGGGGAGUCUGCUGUUACAAUACCAUUUGCAAAAUACCUGCGUUCCUCCUUUGACC